ACGCAACCACCUCUCCAGCCCAAUAAAGUUCCGUUGUCGGCUGUCCCCAACUCCUGAAGUAUUUAAAUAUUGAAGAAGCUAUCUCCUGCAUUUGAUUGAGUUCAUUUAGAGUUCCACAGAUCCAUGAGACUGUAACAAUGGAUCGGGCUCUGAAAGCUGCGAGAGCCUCUGGUUCUCUCAUCCUCUCCAAUCGCUCUCUCAGGCAAGUUCCCGUCCCUCCCAAGCUUUUAAACCCCUUCGUACUGCUUCAUUCCGAUGACUAUAAUUCGCAUUUGCGAUUCGAGGGAUGUCCCCAACGAGGUGUACAAAAUUUCCGAUGCUCUCGGCGAGGGCGAGAAAUGGUGGGAGGCGGUUGAGCUCCAAAAGCUGAUCUUGGCUCACAAUGAGAUUGAGUUGUUGAAAGAGGACUUAAGAAAUUUGACCCAAUUGACUGUGCUUAAUCUUAGCAACAACAAGCUUCAAGACCUUCCCUCUGCCGUAGGAGAGUGAGCUCUCUGUACCUUGCUUCCUAUCUCACCAUCUCACGGUAUUUCGGUAAUACCGGUUUGUAACCGUUUACCGGUAAUUCGGUAAUCGAUAAACCGGUUACAAACCGGUAUCGGUAAUCGAUUCCAAUUUAGCCACUGUCGGUAUACCAAAACCGGUAAAUUCGGUAAACAGUUUACCGUUUACUGACUGAAUACCACCCCUACCCAUAAUCAUGAAGAAUCGCAUCCAAACAAUCUCAAUCCACAAAAUCGUAUUCAAAGGAGCAAAGGAGCAUUCAAAUCAAAAUUGUCCCCAUCAUAUUCAAAAUUAGAUUUAUCAGGGGAUUUAAAAUGUAACACAUGUAUUUAUAAUUAAAAAAUAAGGUUGCAUUGCAUACACACAUUAUUUUAUAGAUACGUUAAUCCCAAAAAUUGAAUUUAUUGCCCUACAAAGAGCUACCGUUGAUGAUGAAUCAUAAGCUAACAUUAGAGAAAUUCAUGUCUAAAGAGUCAACAGAGAAAACCAAAACACACAGUAAUUCGUUGUGAACAUUUAAUUCACAAAGGGCCCGUUAAGCCAAAGGAAUACCAAAAAACAUAGUUACUAAAUUAUAUGAUCUCAUGAAUGAUGAUUAGAGAUUAUGGUGAAGUGAUUGAACCUGACAAAUAUUGAUAAUUUUCAUAGGCUAUUUGGAAGUGAGAAGGUUUGAAGAAUCUGAAUCUAGUUAUUGGAAUCAAUGCAGUCAAAAUCGCGUUUUAAAACUUAAAAACUUACGAUUUUACGCUCUUAGGUCACCAAAACGCUUUCGUUUCCAUAUAAAAACUUAAGUGUAUAAAAUCGGACUAAAUUGCGCUUUAAAGCUUACGCUUUUGCGCUUCUAGUUCACCUAAACGCUUUACGUUUUUACGCUUUUAGUUCACUAAAUGAGUAUUCUUUUCAUGAAAUUAAUUAUACAAAGUGUAUUUAAAAGUAAAUCACCAACAAUAUGAUGCAUUUGAGAUUAAAAGAUACAUACCAGGUACUUGGAUGCAUUCUCAACUUCAAUAGAGUAAUCUAAUUCACCAGCUAGGCUCUUCCCGAAUUCAUUAACAUAGAGGAAAUGGUGGCUAAUUGUUAAAAUUUAUGUUUAUGAACUUAUUAUUAAGAUUCUAUAAGUUUCUCUACUUUAGGCAUGAGUUGCAUGUAUUUAUUAACUUAUUUAAAUUCUGUGCAUUCAUAUUUUACAUAGUAUAUGUCCUACUUAAUAGAUUUUUAGUUAUUUUUCAGUAUGCGUAAAAAACUUACGCUUUUACGUUUUGAUUUUAUGCUUUACGAUUUUAGCCCUUUUCCGCUCUUAGGUAGAUUCGCGCUUUUGACUGCAUUGAUUGGAAUGUUAGUUGCAUCUCUCAAGGGCUCGACCCUUGGAUUUGGGUUGAACAUAAUUUGUAGGGUGGAAAUAGCGACUCUCUUGUGUACUGCAACAUCAUGAACUUCAAUAUUGGAUAGGGUGUAUAUCCUCCGCUCUUGAUGUAUCAAUUGGCAUAUGUAAGAGGAACAUAAUGAUCCAAUUAACUGUUCCGGGGCCAAUCAAUUGGACGUGAACAUUUAUUGAGCAAUAUGAUCAAAGUUUCACCAACUAAAAGAGGGCCAAGAGAGGUAAUUGCCCCCUCGUUGCUGCACUUGCUGCUUUCAACUCUUCUACGUUGGUGGGGAAUUGAAGCUAGAAAGGGGACAAUUCACAGCCAAAGAUUAAUUAAGCAAAGGCCGAAGAUAUCCUAAUGGCCGACAAACCUAGCCGUCGGCAACUCUGGACAAACAAUUUGAAGCCUGACAUGUUGUAGUGCUGAAGAUUGAAAGCCUGGGGAGUCAACAACGGGAGCUGUCGAGUUUGGGUAUUCUAAUUUCUAACCUGUCGAAUUAUGCCGCCGGCAACCUGAUAGGGCAAAAGCGUAUGCCUUAAUCCUAUCUCGUAGUAAACCGGAAAGUCCGGG